AUGAUGGAAGUGUUCAACCCGAGGCAGACGCAACCAGCAGGCCCGCGGCGUCUACCGACGACAGCACCCAAGGAGAGGCACAAACAGAUCCUGCAGCCAAGCUGCCCGAAGAGAAGUAUUCAACGACUGCCUCUAGCGACGAUACCGCUCAGGCCCAACCAUCAACGAAGUCCUCAACAACACUGCCCGUGGAGAAGGCCUCCAUGUCUUCCCCCAGCGAUGGUGCCCCCCAGAAGCAACCAUCAGUAACAUUUUCAACCAAAUUGCCUGUGGAGAAGGCCUCCACAUCUUCCUCUAGCGACGAUCCCCCUCAGAAACAGUCACCAGUAACAUCUUCAACUAAAUUGCCCGUGGAAAAGGCCUCCACCGCUUCUUCUAGCGACGAUGCCUCUCAGAAACAGCCAUCAGUAACAUCUUCAACUAAAUUGCCCGUGGAAAAGGCCUCCACCUCUUCUUCUAGCGACGAUGCCCCUCAGAAACAGCCAUCAGUAACAUCUUCAACUAAAUUGCCGGUGGAAAAGGCCUCCACCUCUUCUUCUAGCGACGGUGCCCCUCAGAAACAGCCAUCAGUAACAUCUUCAACCAAAUUGCCGGUGGAGAAGGCUUCCGCGUCUUCCUCUGGCGACGAUGCCGUUCAGGCCGAACCAUCAGCGAGGUCUUCAACAAAAUCGCCCGCGGAAAAGGCUUCCACCUCUGCCUCAAGCGAAGAUGCCCCCCAGCAGCAGCCAGCAGUAAAGUCUUCAACCAAACUGCCCGUGGAAAAAGCUUCUGCCUCCGCGUCAAGCGACGACGCCCCUCAGAAGCAAACAUCAGUGAUAUCCUCAGCCGAGGUGCCCGUGGGGGAGGCUCCUGCUUCUGCAUCCAGCGACAAUGUCCCUCAAGCGCAACCAUCAGUGAAAUCUUCAACCGAGCUUCCCGCGGAGGGCUCCAUGCAUGCCUCUGACGGUAAUAUCCUUCAGGAGCAAUCACCCGCGAAGUCGUCAACCGAUCCGCCCGUGGAGACGAAGUCUUCCACGUCUGCCCAUGCCGACGACGGCCCUCAGGUGCAGCAAUCGGCAACGUCUUCCCCAAAGCGGUCGUUGGAAAAGGUUUCCACGUCUCAGACGGGUGAGAGCCCCAAGCACAGCAGGACGGACAACUCCAGCCUGACUGCACGUCUGUAUAAGGAACAAAUCAAUACGGGCAAACUAAACCGACUCACCAGCGUGGUGGCAGAUCCGGACGGCAGGCAAAAUCUGGUUCAUCCUGGGUCCGUUCCGCAUUGGCACACCGUCGACAUCAGUCUGGCUGGCAAGCUAAACGAGUUCGUGGCGGCCUCCAUUAUCGAGAAGCUGCGCCUGAAGGGGCUGGCGGCGCCACUGCACGACUACAGCGGCCGUCUCCUGCCCUCCUCUCUCCUGGCAGAGAUGGUGCUGAAGCCCAAGAAGAAGCGAGUGACGGACCGUUACUACUUCGGCUACGUGCCGCCGCCCAACCGCCAGCGGGUCAGCACGGCCUUCCGCCGCUACCUGCAGCAGUUCCUGGAGAGGCACAAGGCCGCCGAGAGCGACUUCUGCUAUCUCCAUGCGCUGGAGAAGGUACGGCGGAUCUCCGAGAUGAGCGACAACGACACCCCGCUGCCCAACAGCCUGGCAGAGGUGGUCCGUGCCCAGGAGGAGCCCGGCUUCGGCAUGCGCCAGCUGCGCCGGCCCCAAUCGGCCGUGUGAGCCAGUGACGCCACUACGGACACGAGCCAGCGACAUCAAUGGGGGCACCGAUCAGCGUGGCCGUAAUGCUCAAGGACACACGAGGAACUGCACAGGUAUCUCACUGCAACAAGUUGGAAUCCCUCCAGGCUACGUAAAUUGAAAAAAGUGAAUGGUAUUACACCGACAAGCGACCGCCUGCGCUUUUGAAAACGAUAUCGAUACAUAAGUGAUAACGAUAAACAUCUACCGAUGA